CACACACACACACACAAGCACGCACAAAUUCACACGCACGCACGCACACAGAUGCACAAAGACGCACACAGAAGCUAGCAACAAAUUGGCAAAUGAAAAUAAAAAGCACAUGAAGCAGUUCAAGACACUUUAGCCAGGUUCUGUAAGUGUGAACUGAACUCUCAAACCCAGCAACUUACAAACUGUAAGAAGAAAAGUAAAGCAAUCACCCUCGUUGAUUCACCGCUGUCUUUGGAUUCAGUCAAUCUCAUCUGGGCCUACCAACUUCUGUGCUACUGAUAUUAGUUUUAUUCCUUUAUUCACUGAUCAAGAUGAUUCUUUUGGAAGCAGUUCUGACUUUUGCGACCUGUUCCACACUCUGGCUGCCAACAGCAGAAGGCUCCAACUCUCCGUGGGCCACUUGGUGGGCGUACAGUGGACUGGCUGGUCCCCAGCAUUGGGGUCUACUCAACCCUGACUGGUCGCUGUGCCGCACGGGAAAGUUCCAGUCUCCCAUUGAUGUGGAACCCCAGAGACUUUUGUAUGACCCGAGGCUGCGCCGGACGAACAUACGUAUACCAGAUAAGGU